UAUAUGUAUGCAUAUGUACAUAUGUAUGGGGGCGCGUGCGCGUGUUCGUGCGUGUUGUUGGGCUUCACAAAGUACUUGGCUAAUACUAACCUUCCCGGGACUCUAGCAUAUGACUUGCGAUCUCGAGAGACCAUGCACGAGAUGUAUCAAGCGCAAUAUUGGCCAUCUAUGCCAUGAUGAGCCCCGGGAUCCAGAUUCUAAGAAGCCCAAAGGCUCCCACGGUGCGGCUGGACACGACGAAUCAGAAAUUCAGCCUGAAAUAUCGCAGAAUUCAAUAGAUCAGGGCUCCACUGCCAUGGCACCACCGUCAUUUGAAGGAACUGGAGGAGCAGCAGCUCAGAGAACCAAGCAAGGAUUUAGUGCAGGUGCACUAGGCCAGACAAACCCCCUACAGCUUGUGUCACCAAAUACGGUCUCUAGUAUGCAGGCCAGUGCCUCUGGCAGCAAUAUGAACCAAUUCGGUGGUUUCUCUGAAGCUUGGCUAACCGCCCAAAAUCAAUUCCACGAUAUGCACCAUUAUCAUCCUCAAUAUAUGCUUGCCCCAGAAGUCACGCAUGAGUUUAACUUGCUCAAUGAUUUCUUGAACACCAGCCUCCUCGAUGACGCUGGUACCUUGCCGGACGACCACAGUUUAUUAUAUAGGAACAACCAGUCGCAACCCAACCUAUCCGACAUGGCUAGCUACGUGGGUGGCAACAGUAACCUUUUAGCUACGAGCGCGAUGCAGGCAGGCUCCAUGCCUCCGCCUAGCACGGAGCAGGCGAGCACCAGCGCCAACCCGGCGGACAAGACGCGUGAAUUUUAUCUUCAGGCGGCGGAUCCAUCAGGCAACGACACGCCCGAGGCUCGUAUGCAGCGGGUUAUGAAGGCUAAAUACGAUGCCGGUUUGUUGAAACCAUUCAACUACAUCAAGGGUUAUGCCCGCCUAUCGUCCUACAUGGAUGGCCAUAUCGCUCCUUCAUCGAAACAGAAGAUCCUGCGACAACUAGAUCGUUUCCGGCCGAAGUUCCGAGAAAAGGUGCAGGGACUUACAGAUAUAGAGCUAGUCUAUGUAGAGAUGUGGUUUGAGAGGACGCUACUCGAAUACGACCGGGUCUUCGCAGCUAUGGCGGUUCCAGCUUGUUGCUGGAGGAGGACCGGGGAGAUCUUCAGGGGUAAUAAGGAGAUGGCUGAACUCAUUCAUGUUCCCGUGGAGAGAUUACGAGACGGCAAAAUCUCAAUACACGAAAUACUUACAGAAGAGUCACUCGUACGGUAUUGGGAAGAAUUUGGAACUAUUGCAUUCGACGCGGCACACGACACUCUCCUGACGGCGUGUGCCUUGAAAAAUCCAGAUGACCGAUCGAACCACCCGAUCGUGAACUGUUGCUUUUCAUUUAUGAUACGGAGGGACGACCACAAGAUACCCAGUCUCAUCGUUGGUAAUUUCCUUCCGCAUGAUCCCUCACAUUCAUAGGUAUUUUCUGUCUACCUAGUAUCUAUCUAGGUAGAUAGCUGCCCAGUAUGACCGGGCCACAUUCCGAUGUUUCCAAUAGGUCAUAGUGGUAGCAUAGUUUCUAUGCGGUGUCUAAUUUGAUUUACUCCUCCUACUCAUGAUAGAUAGGUACUUAUCGUAAGGGAUAUUUAAUUAUUAGAGGUCGAGGGCCACGCCAUGUCAAACGACGGCAAUGAUUAUCAUUAGAAAGGGGCCUACUAC